CACACAGCCUUCACCGCGGUCUCUCCAAAGCUGCUUCACGUGGCACGCACACUGACCGUGACCCCAGCGUGUGUGACCUACACUGUUUUAUAUCUACUGUGACCUACACUUACAGUUGUUGACAAAGUCACAAGUCUACAAGUAUGUAUGUACCCUACACACGCACACCCCGAGUGGUGAUGUGAGGUCGCCGUGCGCAGAAUGUGUGGUGCCGCGCGGCUUACGUGAAGCGCCGAGAGGUCACGUGAUCAUUUCGACACCUUGCUUCACGUCGACAGCGUGCUUCACGUACCACUGGGCUGUCACAUGGUGUUCACAUGCCACUGGGCUGUCACAGGGUGUUCACGUGCCACUGAGCUGUCACAGGGUGUUCACAGACUCAGCUUUUUGUCGUAGUACGGCCAUAGUCGGCUCGGUGUAAGACACUAACCCUUCCCCACCCGCCCAGAACACCAUGGUUGGGUCACAAAAGUUGAGGGGUGGCGGUAAUUAACUGUCAACUAAAUAAUCCCAAAUAACUGACAAUGAUAACAACUUCCACGAGUCGUGUAAUAAACUAAAAUAAUGUGGCGGUGCCUUAUGUCAACAUCAAGUCCUGCAGUGACCCUGUCUGUCCAGUUGUAUCAUCACACCCUGAGAGACAGAGACAGCACAGGGUACACAGAAAGGUUCCUCGCACCCACCUUCCCUCUAUCUCCCUCUCAAUCCUUCUGUCGCUCAUUGCAAUCUGGCUUUCUGUCUCACGAGCAACACUCGUCACAAACAGGGCGGGUUGUGGCCCCUGGGGCUGGGGCUGGGGGUGAAGGAGGGAGAUUUAGUGGCCCAUUAAGCCCGUGACGCAGACAGGAGAGAGCGAACCUGGCUCACUUGACUGGUGACACACGCUUGCUCACCUGUACACCUGACCGCUGGCUUAUCCUCGCUCUUGCAUGCAGUCACGUGACCUGUACCCACUGGCGCCGCCAUUUUGUCAGUUACGGAGACGAUUUUGUGCACACGACACUAAAGCCCCAGUCUCCUCCCCUCAAGGGAUAGCAGACGACACUUUAAUUAAGACAACUGCCACCACCAGCAGGUAAAAAUGAAGCUGAGGUGGCCGACGACUGUGGUCGUCCUCGUCGUCAACACCUGUGUGGUGUGUGCAGCCGCACAGACGGCCGCCCGUCACAUGUUUUCCAGGAGAUCGCAGAGAGUUAUAAUGAGACGGACAUGCUGUCCCCUCCCAGCAUCAGACACUUCUUCACCAACAUUCUGUCUUCCUUCCAGUGUUCCCUCAAUCGGACAACACCGUCCGACUCGGUCAACUCCGGUCACAGCUGUGGGGCGGCCUUGUGUCUUGAUGUCGACAGCCUCCUGCUGGCUGUGGGAGACAACUCCUCCCUCGGCCUCAAGGGAGAGCAGUUCGUACAAGCUGCGAUGGUGCUUCUCUACUUCCUGCCCAAGAAACCCUUCGCCUGUCACGACACCAUCCACAUCCCAGCGGGCAACAACACUGUGGAAGAAGUGAGAAGAAACUUGUCUGCUAUAAUCAGCGCCCACAUCUCACAGGCCGGGGUACAGUCGCUCCUGGACGACAUCCAGCAGUCCUACAGAACGCACAAGGACGAUGGCGACCAUCAUGACCAUAAGCACGAGCACGACAACCACAGCGACAACAGCACGUCCAUUAUCAAGGUCAAGUGCCUGUCCGGGGACUCGGUCGCUCACUACCUGGGAGUGGAGGAUGAGGCGGACGUACCCGCAGCCGAGUACCUGGAGAGUGUGUCGGGUGUCAUCCUGUACCAGAUGUCGCAAGGUCACGAGAUCCAAGCAACAUGUCGUCUGCUGCCCACAAAAGGGUUUUUUCGCAAAGACGUUGAUCAAGCAGGUCACUGAUGGGGGAGACCACCUGAGCCCCGCAGAUCUCAACACCAUCAUGGACAAGCUCACCAUCCUGCCCACCUCAUCCUCAUCCUCCACCUCCCACGACCACGACCACAGUGAGGAGGCGCAUGCGCGGAAAAGGCGGAGUGCGCAUGUCCCGGAAAUUGUACAGUCACGUGUC